GCGCAAGCGCAAAGACCCGUGGGUCUUUUGCACUGAGAGCGAGCGGCUGGGCCCCCGACUCCGUAGACUCAAAGUCGGUUUCUGUCGUAGGGGAAGUUGCCGCGGAACGUGCUGCACGUCAGCGUUACUCUCAGCGGUUUUCAUGACUCCCGUCCUCCGCGAGUUUUGAUUCUUUUUACUUUUUUCUCCUCUUCUCUCUCUCCUUUCUUUUCCCCCUUGUCGCGUUCUUUUCGUUCGUGAGUGAAACGUGCGCACGAUUUUAAAAUUUCGGUUACCAGUGACGAAAGAGAGAAAGAGAGAGAAAUUACUCGUGUUUACCGGUGUGCACUGUGCCAUGGGGAUGUAAGAACGCCGGUCAGAAACGAGACGCAUGACAGACGAGACUAGGCGGGCGUUAUUAGGUGAGGGUUCAGCAGCUUUCGGCGACGCGAUCGAGAGAUGUCGGAUGCCGCUGGCACGGACAAUCCGGCGUUCGCCAACGAGGAUGAGUGCGUCAGCGGUUCCAAGUUGGAGAACGGCGGCCAGCAGCAAGCGGCCUUGAACCAGGAUCGCAAGUCGUCGGCGGACGACGCGCCUGUAGAAAAUGGCCACAAGCGAUCCUUCGUCUCCCAGCACUACGUCGAGCCCAUUAAGCCAAACUCGGAGCCAUGUUAUAAAACGGAAACGAGAAUCGAGGUGCCGGCCGAUAACACGGAGAAGAGCAUGCCAGAGCCGAAGCUCAAUGGCGUUCACGGGAAUGGCAAUAACAACGACGCGAGUUUCCUCAACAAUAGUGCUACGAGCGUGCAGAUCAACGAUUCCGGAAAGAAAGAGCAGAUCGAGGCCGUAAACCUGGAACUAGUCUCGAUGAGGCCAUACACAGGCAACAAUAUUCAGACGAAAGGUCAGGAAGCCUGCGAGGUACCAGCUGAUCCUUACGAGGAGUACUUCGUGCCAGUUAACGAGCAUCGAAAGUACAUCAGCAGAAGUCCCGAGGCCGAGGUUGAAACAACCGUAGCUGGAGUGCGUUUUGAUUUGGGUCCCGGCGUCGGCCGCGAGGGACUCAGCCUGAGAGACCCCGCCGCCGGAUUGGUCGACUAUUCCCACUGGCUGACAGCCCUCAGGGGCGAGAAACUUUACGUCACGAAAGACAAAAGGUCCAGAAAUUCGUAUUGGAGAAGAAUGGCCUGGGGAUGCGCGCUAUUAGUCAUAAUGAUUGCCGUAAUCAUCGCCAUUUUGGCUGCAACUGGUGUAUUCCCAACACAAACAGCUACGGAACCUUUGGAGAAUGUAGACGAAAGUAAUACUCAUCCAUUUAAUGAAGUGCAUGCGGCUGGAAGUAAAGAAUAUGUAAAGGAUCCGCCAUUAAGUCCACCACCUUUGACCUCGACUUUCCCAUCGUGGCCUACAACUGACGAAACGUUAUUCAAAAUUGUAGAAGAUGCUCUGGAUGGAACUUUGAGACUAGACGACUUUAAUUGGAACGACGAUUUCAGCGACAAAAAAUCGCGAGUAUACAGACAAGUAAGCGCCGAGAUAGAGGAACAUCUAGGGAAAAUUCUUCGACAAGGGGGCAGCACGUCUAUAAUAAAAGUAUACGAAAUAAAUAAGGAAGGCGAAAUAAAAUUCAGAAUAAGUCAUCCACCUCGAAAUGCCCCUGAAAAAAGUCAGCAAUACAUCGAAGAUGUAUUACGAAAAAGUGAUUACAUGAUCGGACAGUAUCAUUUAAAUAAACUUCACGUGGAAAAGCUUAUUGAUCAAUGUGAAUAUCUCGGAUGUACCGGAAACUGUAAAUACGAUUACUCCACUGGUGUAUUUGUAUGUACCUGCAAUUCAGGAGAAAUGUUGCAUCACGACGACAAAACUUGUGUGGAUGAUUUGAGUAAUAUCGAGAUGGAUGAUGCAAUAUCACAAUCCAGUACGGAAACAAUUAAUGAUUUUCAGGGUAGAAGCAGAGACCCGGACUUUGAAUCCAAACAUCCUAAUGCUUGGGAAAAUACAGACUUCAAGACAAGUUUAGCAGAAACGGAUACAUCAAAGCCUAAAACAGAACAAGUUAGUCCCAAACAAUCAGAUCAUGUAUCACACCAGCAGUCCGAGUCUACACCAAUAACAAAACACGAUUUUGAGAGUAUUAAUCCUCAUUGGGACCAUGAACAUUCAAUGGAAAUCACCACUAAAGCAGAGCAUUCCAUUAAGCCAUUAUUUACUGUUGAAUCGGAACCUACUGCGGAACCAGAACCCAAUGCUGAAUCAGAACCUAGUGUAAAACCAGAGCCUAGUGCAGAACCAGAGCCUAGUGCAGAACCAGAGUCUAGUGCAGAACCAGAGCCUAGUGCAGAACCAGAGCCUAGUGCAGAACCAGAGCCUAGUGCAGAACCAGAGCCUAGUGCAGAACCAGAGCCUAGUGCAGAACCAGAGCCUAGUGCAGAACCAGAGCCUAGUGCAGAACCAGAGCCUAGUGCAGAAUCAGAGCCUAGUGCAAAACCAGAGCCUAGUGCAGAACCAGAGCCUAGUGCAGAACCAGAGCCUAGUGCAGAACCAGAACCUAAUGCUGAACCAGAACCUAGUGCUGAACCAGAACCUAGUGCUGAACCAGAACCCAGUGCUGAGCCAGAACCUACUGCUGAACCAGAAUCUGUUGCUGAACCAGAGCCUACGGUUGAGCCAGAGCGUACUAUUGCACCAGCAAUUACUGUUCAACCAGAGCUUAUUAAACCGGAACCUACAGUUGUAUUAACGCUUGCUACCGAAUCAACCCCUGCUUCUGAACCAGAGCCUACUGCAAAAACAGAAAUUAAUUCUGAAAUUGGAUCUACUAUUGAAUCUAUUGAUAAAGAAUCUACUGUAAAACCAGUACUUGUCACAGAAACAGCAAUCACUGUCAAUGAAGCAGACAGUAAAGUAAAGUCAAAAAUAGAGUCGCAUCAUUUGACAACAGAAUCGUAUACAGAAUCAAAAACUGAAAUAUCUAAUCAGCCUGAAUUUCCUGUUAAAUCGAUAUCUCAUGAUGAUACAUCUGUUGAAUCAUCUACACAGAUAUCACUUUCAUACGAUGUUAGUGCGACUGAUAUGCCUAAAUCUCUUAUCGAUUUAACAGAUAAAAAUAAUGAUUUCAAAAAUAACGAAACUAUGACUCCAAUUAUAAAGCCUAUUGAAAAUCCAACAGAUGAUAAUACACCUUUACAAGUAAUACCUUUAUCAUCUAAAAAUAAAUCUACAGAAAUCAAUGAUAACGUGGAAUAUAAAACGGAAAUAACAACGAUGCAAUCUUAUACCAGCAAAAAUGAUGAAAUUACUGAAAGUGCAACCGUCGAUAUCGAUCUUACUACUUUAAAUUAUAGAGAUUUAAAACCGAAUGAUGAUGCAAAUGUAUCAGUCAAAUCUGAAAAUCGUGAGGAAUCAGUCACAGAACAAUUUAUACAAAAUCCUAAUCUUCAGGAAGAUAAGGCAAGUGACUCUACUACACAAAUAAAUUUAAAUGAUUCUCCGGCCGAUGAACGUGAUUUAAUAAUCAAGCAAAAAUCGGACAAUCCCUCAGACAUUUUUGAACAACUCAAUGCAACUAUCGUGCCAAUUAUAUCAGAAGAAAAAACAGAAUCAGUUACUGAACCUAUAAAUAAUGACAAGAAUUCAUCGACAGUACAUUUCCAAACAAUAGAAAUAAAUGGCGUAAAUAAUAGAAAUUUAGAAACAUAUAAUACUAAAGUGCGUGAGACAACCACGAUGCCAGAAACUACUACAACUGACACAUUCACUCAGCCAAUACUAGAAUACCGGGAAGAGCACGCACCUGAACCCGCGAUCCAAUUAAAUUCAUCGGAUUCGAACGAGAAAAAUGUCAUUGAACAUAUGCCGACCACGGUCUUUCCAAAAGUACCGAAAAAUUUUGCCCACAAUGUCGAGCCGCUGAGAGAACCUAUUGUGAAAUCGACGACGGACGACGAACAUAUCAUGCUGAUACCAAAAUCCGAGCAACCAAUAGAGAUACACGCGAUAAUUCCGCAACUCAUUCCGGAACAAGUCACAAAUAAAUCUCUGAAGAUAGAAAACUCGACGACAGAAGCAAAUAAUAAGGUAGUUAACGAAGCUCUAAACAUGAAAAAGUCUGAAGAAGAGAUAACCUCAAUCGGCUCACCUACAAUGUAUUCUAAUGAGAACAUUGUUCGUACGAGUAAUAAUAAACAAGCGGCACAUCCGGACGAAAUUCACGAACAUUCAACGAGUCACCCCCUUCACCCAGCGACAUUUCCAGAAAAUUCGGUAGAUCAUUUCACAGGAAAAUCCGAUGAUCGACCAAUUGAAGAUAUGUCACCAUUCUUACCAGAUGUUCACAUAGAGAAGGAGAGCAUGAAGAAAGCACCACGCUUAGAUAAGGAUGAGCAAGACGCUCCUAAUCCUUUCGAAACUCAUAUCGAUGAUGUUAUAACACAUCGGCCAUUAAUACGUAAUAAUGCAGGUAGAGUGAACGAAACUGAAACCAAAGAUUUAUUUAACGACGUUAAUUUACAAUCAACGAGUGACGAAAGAAAGACAGAUAACGCAAAGAAAACUAUAGAAAACCAUAAAAUAAAUACUGCAGGCGAUAUAAGCAGUAGCGAUAACGAUAACAAUAAUUUAAAUUUCAGCAAAAUUAACGAUACAGAACCUAAAAUUUUGAAUGUGUUGCAUCACAAUAGUUCUGCGAAAGCAUUUGAUAAUGAAAGAACAAAAGAUAUUACAAAUCAAGAAAACAGUGGUAUCUCCGAAAAUAACGACGCAGAAUUGAAAGUGAUUCCAUUGGCGGUAGAAGAUAAGCCAAUAGAAUCAAUUUUUCAAACAACGCAAUCUCUAAAUAAGAAAACAGAAUCUGCUGAAAUUUUAACUUCUACUGAAAAGAAAGUAAAUGAAGAAGGCAUCGCAAUUGAAAACAGCGUGACUAGCUCAGAGAAACCAGAAGAGAAUGCUGUCGAAGAUCACUAUAACGAUAUUACAGACGAAACCUUGUUGAAAGGAUAUCGACACGAUAACACCGGUAUUCCGAUUAAAGUCAUAGAGUCAUCCAAGAAAGCACUCUUGAAGGACAUUGAUCCAGAAAAUGUUCCUUAUAAUGGUCCGCUUUCGUCGCUAACCGCAUUCGAUGUUGUAAAGAAAAAGAAUGGAACGAACGAGAAGAUAUUUUCUGAUACGACACAAAGUCCAAUGGUUACAAAAACGGAAGGAAAUAUAAAUGAACAAAUGGAAGAAGGUAGAUUAACUACUCAAGAACCCGUUUUGCCUAUAGAAAUUCAACAAGAAAUGUCCACGACGAUAGCAACUGACAAAAUUGAAAUCACCACCGUAAUUGAUGACGGCAAGCAUGAAGAGAAUAAUACGGAACCAAACGUUGGCCAAUCCAACGAAAAAGAAGCAAUUACAGCAGCGCAGAUUACAACAACUCAAGCCACGUUAGAAACUAAAACCACAGCUCAGAUCCCGAUCUUACCCGAAGAGCUGCAAACAACGGAAAGCGACAUGUUAACAACGUUGAGUGAAGAAAUGCCGAACGAAGACAAGAAAAUGACAAUUACUGACAAAACAAUUUCAACAGAUGAUAUUAAUGACGAAACGAGAAAAAAUGUAACCGAGAAAGAGAAUGCUGUCACACCUGGCAAUAUAAUGGAUAUGAAUAGUACAUCGGAGAAAAGCAUGGCAGCGACAACGAUGUACGAGAAUAACGUCGGCAUGAGAAGUGACCAGAAAGUAGAAUAUGAUGAAAACGAACAAACAAUGGAAAACGCGACAAAAAGUGCAAAAUUUGAAACUACUCUUGUAUCGUCCACGACAGAAAAAGAUAUUGCAAGUGGAACCACGCCUAACGAUGUUACUACGACAGAGGAUGUCAGACCGGUCACGGAAGUGCUGGAUGACACAGUACCCAUGACAGAUUAUAGAAUGUUUUUAUUCACUACGAUUCCGCCAAAACCGAUAGUAUAUAAUUCAGAACCACCUGAUGAGGCGCUUAGAGUAAUACCGCUGGAGAAGAGUCCGGAAAGCAAAAAGAAACCGUCUGACAAAAAGGGAUUUGACAAGUACAAAUACAAAAAAGAAAAAGACCUGAGUCUGGAAGAUCAAAAUGAGGAUAACGUAUUAACGGAAAAGUCCGACUCGGCCAUUCUUUCUCAAACAGAACCGACGAUGGUUACUGGAGAUCACGAGGAAUUGAAUGAUAGUGUGGUAAGCUCGGACGUAGACCUGAAUGUGCCCAGAUUUACCGUAGCCGACAAGGAAGGCAAUAUCCUGCCUAUAUCGAAAUGGAGAAGUACGGGGAGCACGGACAAAAGCGAAAAUAAAGAUGCGGUCGCGGAAACAAAACCUAAGAAUUAUCCCAACUUCAUACCCGUAUCGGAAGAGAUAUUAGAAUCGGUACCAGUAACAGAGCCCUACGUAAUUAUACGAAAUACUCGUCCUAAGAUCGUUCUGGGCGAUGCAGAGAACGCGAGUACGAACGAAACGAGAGUUGAAGGUCGCGCUAAAGCGAACAAAACAGCUAGUCAAGACGCUUUCUUCUCGGAUCAAUCAUUUAGCGACACCGAUGAAACAGAAGUAUAUCAUAUUAGGAAAGAAUCUAUUAUGACCACGCAAACUUCAUCGUUGGAUACAAAAGUCGAUAGUACCACUAUCGCUACUGCUUCGAGUCCUUUGAGAUUUCCGGUUCCUGAGAUCCUCCCGAAAUGCACCGUAGGUCAAUUUCAAUGCAUUAAUGGUACGUCGAGAAAUGGUGCGUAUUGCGUGCCACAAUCCGCCAAAUGCGACUCUGUGAAUGACUGUUCCGAUGGCUCGGAUGAAUUGAAUUGCGAGGCGGAAGGUUGUUCGGCUAAUUUCCGUUGCGCCAACGGACAAUGCCUGAAGAGGCACCUCGUCUGUAACAAGAUCGUGGACUGCGACGACGGCAGUGACGAGCACGACUGCGAAAACUGGCAGUGCCAAUCUGACGAGUUUAGAUGUCCAAGCGGAAAAUGCAUUCCGGGACUAUGGCAAUGCGAUGGCCGAGCCGACUGCGAGGGACACCAGGACGAACACAAUUGCACAGAAAACUGCGGGAGCAACGAGUACCUGUGUCCAACGGAGAAGUGGUGUAUCCCGCAAGCAUGGUAUUGUAACGGAAUUGCCGACUGUAUUAACGGGGAAGACGAGAAACUAUGCGACUGUGCCCCAGAUCAGUUCAAGUGUCAAGCGGGUGGAUGCAUUCCCCAAGUCCAAGUCUGCGACAGCGUUGCGAAUUGUCCUGAUUAUUCAGACGAAUGGGGUUGCUUAAUCGCCAAUAUUACUGCAAAUAGAAAUCUAACUAAUGUAGAAACAGACAGUGACACAGCGGCAAGCGAACUGACUAAUCGCGUGCCAUUUUUGAAAAUAAGACAAUACGACGGCGAUUAUCGAUUAGUUUGCUCAGACGGAUGGAGCAAAGAAUUCAGCGAUUCUUAUUGUCGAGCUUUGGGAUUCGCUGGGUCCGAUGAGACAAUCGAAUCGUUCACGUGGGAUAGAAACCAGAAAAUUCUAAGACUGAAGACGAAUCCUAAUUAUCGCCUACCGCUAGUCACGAAUUUAGAGGAAAUGGAAUUCUGCGUGUCAGACAAGAUUGUACAAGUGUCAUGUCAGAAAUUUACUUGUGGUCAACAUUUCGCGGAGGAACCGACCGCGAGAUCAGAAGGUGGAACCCCGGCCAACUAUGAGCAAUGGCCUAGUGUGGCUUUAUUGAAGGAACCAGGAGACGGGACAGUUUGUACAGCCAGUAUAAUCGGUCCUAUGCAUGCUCUAGCCAGUUAUUCCUGCGUCUACAGACACAAGUCCGGAUGGCGACUUUUUACCAAUGAGAAUAUGUUUAGAGGGUAUGACGUUAAAAAUAUUGUGCCCUAUCCUCAAGUGAAAUAUAAUCAGUUCCUGUACAAUAAUGACAUCACUCUGAUCGAAUUAGAAGAGCCGUUAGUAUUUUCUAAAAACGUUAGUGCCGUAUGUCUUCCGAGACAGCUCAACCAGCCGAAGCAAGUUUGUGUAACGGCAGGAUGGGGCUUCCCUAUGAAUGGGGAAAUAAAUUUGCGACAGUAUCUCAAAUUCUUGCCUGUUCUGACAAAUAAUUCCGAUAAAUAUAACGCCACGAGUCAUUAUGCAGAAUUCAUCACAGAACACAAUAUAUGUCCAAAUAAAGAACCUUGUUAUAACGACGAAGGAGCGCCACUAAUGUGUGCCAGUGACGCGCAGAGUGUUUCGGAAAGAUGGGAAAUUCAGGGCUUACUAAGUCAUCACAGCAGAUCGAAGGGUCAUUCAGUAAUUUACUCGAGCUUGGAGCCAGCGCUUUCGUGGUUGCGCGAGACAGUGCCAGCUUUGCAGACGCAAAGCUAAAUCAUUAUUAUAUCAAUUUCUCGAAUUAUGUAAGAAGCCGGUACUUCAUGUUAAAGAUAAGAGAAUCACCGUUUUAACAAAUUAGAAAAGAUUGUGAUUCUACAUACACAGAGAAAAACGUUUCUUUAGACUUAAUAAAAUGUUUUAAAUCCAAAGAAUAUGCAUUAGAAUAAUGUAACCAAAUUAAUGUUUGAAUUAAAAAAUGCAAGUAGUAGUGAUAUUUAAAAGAACUAUUCAAUGUUAUGGAAGAGGAGGGGGGUGGUUGAAAUUCGCACCGCAUGGCGUUAUAUCCAUUAUGUUCUAAAUUUUGCUUACAAAUAGCGAUCUUGUUAGCUAUCUAGCGAUAGUGGGUUCUGAAUGGGUGAUCUUACAGGGCGACUGUAAGAAGAGUUAAAUGCAAUCAAAAAAUUAUUUCAUCAAAAAAUAUUGUUUCAAACAAUCGUAUUUUUUCUGCCAAACAAUAUAUAGUUUGAUACAACAAAAUUUAAAAAUUUAAAUUCAACAAAAUAUUUUAUUUAAGGUUAUAUUGUCUCUGUAAAAUAAAUGUAAACCAAAUAGAAAUGCUAAAUGUAAAAAACCGUUUUUCUCUGUGUAUAAAAAAAUUUUGACAAAAGGAAAUUUGAGACUUCAAUAACUUUCUUUAUUCUUGAAAAUCACACACUUUCAUAUCUAUCCUCUUUUUCUAAUUUUAAAUGUUCCUAUUGAUAGCACGAAAAGUUUCUAAUAAUUCUCGAACAUCGCAGCCAGCGAUGAAUCAUCGUAAGAAAACUCAAGUGCCGUUAUUGUUACACGACAAAGGUCGAAGAGAGAAUGCUUAAAUUUUAUACGAGAAUUGACAUUUGUAAUAAGAAUCAAAGAUGACAAAAUUUAUACCGACUUAUAAUUAAGGAAACAUUAUGUAAAUACUGUAUAAAGCAAUUGUUUAUUAUGAAUAAUGUGGUAUAAGAAUUUAUUAGUGUCACGGGUCUCUUAAAGAUACAUUUUCUACAUUUUUUUCGUUUAAAAUUGCGACUUAUUUACUACAGUUACACGAAAUUUAUUGCUGCCCUAAUCGAAUUAAAAAUUAAUUUUGUGAUAUUUGAAAUAUUUCUAGUACGCAUCAUAUAUACAUCAAUUAUAAAAUAAUUAUUCAAUACAAGAGACCGAUACAUAUGCAUGUCUGAUUAUAUACAAAUCAA